AUGACUCCGCGCCGGCCGGCUCCACAGCUGCGGCUCCUACUCCGCGCCUUCCUCGGACCCAUGGCCCUGAGCCAGCGCUCCGCGUCGGGCCCGGCUCCUAGGCGCGGGCCCCGGCGCCUCUCGGUAGAAGGGAACAUCGCUGUGGGGAAAUCCACCUUCGUAAAGUUACUCCUGAAAACUUUCCCAGAGUGGCACGUAUCUGCCGAACCCAUAACAACAUGGCAGAACAUCCAGGCUGUUGGCACACCAAUAGCUGGCCCUCCCCAGAGUGUGGGGAACUUGUUGGAUAUGAUGUACCAGCAGCCCUCGCGGUGGUCCUACACCUUCCAGACGUUUUCCUUCCUGAGUCGGCUGCGAACUCAGCUGGCCCCCUACCCAGAGAGCCUCUUACAAGGCCAAAAGCCGGUGCAUGUCUUUGAGCGGUCAGUGUACAGUGACAGAUGCAGAUUGCAGCUCCUCUGGCUGAAGAAUUGAUUGCCAGAGACCAGCCUGGUCCUGGAAAGCUCCAAAUUUGGCCAGGCUGGUCCAAAGACAGCAGAUGUAUACGUGGUCUGCCUCCAGGCUGCCAAUUCACUGCCUGGGAAGUCAGCCCAUCUGUUCCCACAGAGCUGUUCAUCCCAGGCCCCUGAAAGAGAGAGGCGGAAGAUUCAUGGCCCUGGCACAGAGGCCAGACCCCAAGAUGGUUCCAACAUGUGGUUUAACAAUUUGGAAAGCAUGAGAGGAGAGGAGAGCUGGGCGGAUGCAGCCCAUCCAGGAGAUGUGCUGGCUGCUCUGCUGGGAAACUUCUUGGUCGGCCCUGGGCUUCUGUACAUCUUCGCCAAGAAUCUCUUUGAAAAUCGCUUUCUGAAUGAUGUCGAGUGGGCUGUCUAUCAGAAUUGGCAUUCCUUCCUUCUCCAGGAAUUCCACAGCCGAAUUCUCCUGGAUGGCUUUAUCUACCUUCAGGCUUCUCCCCAGGUAUGUCUGAAGAGACUCCGGCAGCGAGCCAGGGCUGAAGAGAAGGGCGUCCAGCUGGGCUACCUUGAACAACUCCAUGCUCAGCAUGAAGAUUGGUUCAUCCAUAAGGUGACUGAGCUCCACUUUGAGACCUUGAAGAAGGCCCCUGUGCUGGUGCUGGACAUCAAUGAGGAUUUUUCUGAGGAGGCAGCCAGGCAAGAGGAGCUCAUGACAAAGGUAAACACCUUUGUAAAGAAUCUAGGAUGAAGCCGUGGUCCUGCUAGGCAAGAUCUGUGGGGCUGGGCAGGCAUUCUCACCAGCUAGUGCCUUUCUGCAGCUUGGAGAACCAUGGAUUCCAUCUGUCCAGGCCUCUUUGCUCCCCGAGCCUUAUUUGGCGCUCAUGGGCUUCUUUAGUGACCCUGAGCAGCUGCUGGGAGGCUCACUUUCCUCAUCUGUUGAAUGCCAGCGUCACACUUGAUGGUCUCCAAGGCUCCUUCCAGCCCUAUAGAGCUGAUCUGUGAUCACACGGUCCCAGGAUAAGAGAAUCUCAAAGGUCUUUGUUCGGGCUUUCCUUGGUUCUGGAAGACUUUCCUUUUUCUUCAAUUUUGUUUUAUUUUUAGGUCCAAAUUCUCUCCCUCUCUACUCCCCCUUCCCUACCCAUUUAGAAGAUAAGCAAUACAUUACAAACAUGUAGAGCUGUGCAAAACAAGGCCACCAUGUCCAACAAGAAAGGGGAUAGAGACAGACACAGGCAGACAGACAGAAAACAGGCCUCCGUCAGUCUCUGUCUAGAGGUAGACGGCAUGCAAAACAAGGCCACCAUGUCCAACAAGAAAGGGGAUAGAGACAGAGACAGGCAGACAGAGAGAAAACAGGCCUCCGUCAGUCUCUGUCUAGAGGUAGACGGCAUGUUUCCUUGAGUCCUUUGGAAUCCCGAUUGGUCCUUGUGUCGCUCAGAGUUGCUAACUCUUGGAAGGCCUGGCUUUCAUAAAUCCCAUUAGCCAUACAUGUGCUGAGUACAGGCAGGGGCCUGAGGCUUCCCCACCACAUGACUAGCUUUUUCUGACCUCCCAUGGAUCCCUCCCCACAUUAGAGCCCCUGGUGGCAUGCUAGGGCAGAAAGCCAGGCCCAAGGGAGCCAUGCUAAGCUCUCAAGUGUGGGCAUGGGCAGAAUAAAGGAAGUGGUUGGGCAGAAAGGAUCGAGUUGACAAGGGUGAGACCACAAAGCAGGGAGACCAUGCCAGGGCUCAGGGCUUUGCUUCUCCACCCCUGCCCCCCACGUGCCCUUAUGAAACAGGGCAUCUUGGGAUGCUCCAUCCUUUCUUUCCUCCUUAGGUUUUGUGAUUGAUGACUUUUAGAAUACAAAUAUACAGAAACAGAUGAUCCUAUGUUAUCCUGGGAAUACCAGGCAGGAGUUUUGAAAUAGAAAGAACACUGGAUUUGUAGUCAUAGGGUGGGGGGCAGGGAAGGCCUCCAGAGACAUAGGUUCUACCAAUUACUACCCAAGUAGUCUCAGACAAUUCACAUCACUUCUCUGGCUUCAGUUUCCUCAUCUGGAAAAUAAGGGUAUUGGUGGGGCAGCUUGGUGGGGCAGUGGAUAGAGCACCAG